UUAGUACAUUGCGAGUUUCUAACCGGGGGCCAAAUGUCCAGACGACCCCUAGCACAGUCUAGCUACCUCAUAAGCAAAGAUGUGACAUCGAGUUGUUUCUGAUGGUUGUCGAGGUGUCGGUAAUUAAAGAGAAGGAGUAUUGAUAUUCUCGAUCAUGGGUCUGAUAGAAGUGGAUGAAGGUAUAAAGAUGCUUACAGGCGCAGGCUUCACCUGACAGUAUUCAGCAUUCACAAACUUCUUUGCCCACUGCCCGAAAAUGAGAGUAUUCAAGCUCCUCUGGCUGCUCGCUGCAGCCGCUUUGGCAGCGCCUUCUUCUCAGAGCGAAGAGGACAUCAGUUACGUCCGAGUCACUCUGCAGCAACACAAGACCAAUUCAGAGAAAGAGAUUCUGGUAAUCGAUACCUCCACUUCGGAUAUCCUUGCAUCCGCCUGCUCUCUUGCCCUCGACACCGGGGCCUUUGCCGAUUUCAGCAUCGUCGCCGAUGUUGGGCUUAAUGGCAACGGCAGUAUCAUCGCAGGACCGUCUACAUUCACCGUCCACGAAAAUGUUGAGCAUUCUGGUGGAAUUAUCUGUUACAGAAUGUACGAUGAGUACGAAUCGUUGCUGUUGCACUUACGUCCAGUGGCAGAAUCCACCCAUAUCAUGGACACUCUUCCAAUUCCCUUUAGCCAAGAAAACCUCACUCAACCUGCACAUGAGGGCGAACUGGAGCAGCGACAAAUCAGCCCGUGCAGUAUGUGGUACCCGGCCACAAAACUUGUCGGAGAUGGCGACCCUCAUCAGAAUUAUUACCAUAAGCAGUUGAGUGAGAAUCUGGACUGUGGGGAUUUGGACGAAUGUGCUGUCUCGGCAUCAACAUCUAAAUCCUAUACCAUCGGCUGGACAGCAACCGCAAAUGUAGGCCAGUGGAUCUCUGGUGGCUUUGCAGUGGAACAAAACUGGGAGACUGGCAGUGCGUAUGAGUGCACUGGUCACGCUCACCAGACAAUCUGUCUCUGGUACAAGACUGCUCAUACUGCGUACACUGUUCGGAAUGGUCAAUUCAACCAGUGUACGGGCUUCAACCCCAACGAUGAUGACAGCUUCAUCAUGACUUCUCCGAACAAAGGCAAUAAAGGCGGUUUACAUUACUGUGUCACUGGCUAUUGCCGUAGUCAGGGACAGGGUUACUGGAGCGAUUAUGCCCCUGCAGGUGGACCUUGA